UACAUGAAUCGUUAAGUUUUUUGUUUAGAUGUUCAACAAAACCAUUUCACAAAGUUUAAAAAAAAAAAAAAAAGAAGACUGAUAGCAAGCUAGAGAGCCAUGGAUCCUCCCAGCCAAACCAAUGGAGAGAGUGCCACAUACUGGAACGAAAAAGACGAAGAAGACGAAGAAGAAGAAGAAGAAGAAGAAGAAGCUUAUUUGCUCUUAGAUAAAGUGAUCCCACCGAUCUAUCUGAAGGAAUCAGCAGGUGGUAGAUCUUGUUGCAUCUAUAGAAUCCCUCACACUCUUGAGCGAGUCAACGACAAAGCUUAUGCACCCAAGAUCGUUUCAAUAGGCCCUUAUCACCACUCGAAUGAUAAAAAACAUCUCAAGAUGAUAGAGGAACAUAAAAAACUUUAUCUCAAGAUGUUCGUGUCAAAGACUAAGGACAAUGGCGUCAACCUAAGUCACUUAGUCGACGUAGUCUCAGGAUUGGAACAGAAGAUAAGAGACUCCUACUCCGAGAAGCUUGAGUUUAGUCGACAAAAGCUGAUCAAGGUGAUGAUUCUUGAUGGCUGUUUCAUUCUUAUGUUGUUCCUAAUAGUGUCAGAAAAGAUUGAAUACACAAACUACAAAGACCCAAUAUUCAUGCUGCGAUGGAUAUUGCCAACUCUUCGAAGCGAUCUUCUACUUCUUGAAAACCAGGUUCCUCUCUUUCUUCUUAAAGUUCUUUUAGAGACAUCAAAGCUAGCUCCAUCUACUACCUUAAACAUGCUGGCCUUCACAUUCUUCAACUACUCGAUAGAAAAACCAGAUGAGUUCUGGAAGGAACACAACGAUCUUAGAGCAAAACAUCUCCUUGAUCUUAUCCGUAAGACUUUCAUACCCGUUUCGCCUCCACCAACCACCCCAAGGCAAUGCUGUAUCAAUAUCUUGAGUGGUACUACUGGACCUGGAGAAAAUUCAAGAACAGAGACAUCCCAAGACACUUGUCUCGGUAAGAUAAGUUGUUUAAAGGAGAGAACUGAAGCGCAAACAUCAUCGCCUCCUCGCAGACCCUUUCUUGGACUAAUCAUCUCAGCCAAAAAACUUCGACUUCGGGGAAUAAAAUUCAAGAAGAGGGAGAAUGUUAAGACACCUUUAGACAUAAGUUUCAAGAAUGGUCUGGUUGAAAUACCACUACUUGUCUUUGAUGACUUUAUCAGCUCUCUUUUGAUCAAUUGCGUUGCCUUUGAGCAGUUUAAUAUGAAUUGCUCCACUGAGAUUACAAGCUAUGUAACUUUCAUGGGUUGCUUGAUAAACACAGAAGAUGAUGCGACCUUCUUAGUCGAGAAAGGGAUUAUAGAGAACUAUUUCGGAACGGGUGAAGAUGUUUCUUUAUUCUUCAAGAACAUAGGAAAAGACAUCUCAUUCAGCAUAUAUGAUAGUUUCUUGAGAGAUGUGUUCGAGGGGGUGAACGAGUACACUUCAAAAGGUUGCCACGUGCAAUGGGCAGGGUUCAAGUACACGCAUUUCAACACUCCAUGGACAUUUCUUUCAUCUUGUGCGGCUUUGAUGCUUCUUCUCCUUACUAUUUUCCAAGCUUUCUUUGCAGCUUAUCCUUACUUUCGUCCUCCCAAAAACAAUUGAAUGUAAGUGCCAUUUUGUUUAUAUGUUUAACCUAGCA